AUGAGGCGGCUGGCAGACUUCCUCGAUCCGCAAGAAGGGUGGAAGAAAUUGGCAGUGGAUAUAACCGACCCGUCCGGUGAAAGCAGAUACAGCCAAAUGCAUAUCAGGAGAUUUGAGGCAUUUGUACAAAUGGGAAAGAGCCCCACAUGCGAAUUGCUUUAUGACUGGGGAACGACAAACUGUACUGUUGGUGAUCUUGUGGAUCUGCUGAUUAGGAAUCAAUUCCUAGCACCAGCAAACCUCUUACUUCCAGAAGCUGUAAGGAUGGCACAAGAAGUUACAUUACCUCUUUCUUCACAGGAAACCUUGCCUAUACAUGAGAAGCAGCUGGCUGUACAGGAAAAAGAAGUGGCAUCUGUAAAGCCUGUUUUAGCUCUGAGUACUGAGAAGCAACAUUCAGCUCCUUCCUGCUUCAGUCAAGAAAACAGUGACUCACAGUCAGGUACCACAGAUUUCUGUAAUUUUUGGUUUCAUGACUUGGAAAGUAUUACAAAUAAUUUUGAUGCACGGCCAGAAUCAGCGGGAGGUAAUAAACUGGGAGAAGGUGGCUUUGGCGUUGUGUUCAAAGGCUACAUCAAUGGCAGAAACGUGGCUGUCAAGAAGCUUGUUGCUAUGGUUGAUGUCAGCGUUCAAGACUUGAAACAGCAAUUCGAUCAAGAAAUAAAAAUGAUGGCAAAGUGUCAGCACGAGAAUCUAGUAGAAUUGCUUGGUUUCUCAAGUGAUGGUGCUCAGCCGUGUCUGGUGUAUGAAUACAUGCCCAACGGUUCGUUGCUCGACAGACUUGCUUGUUUG